AUGUCGAGCCUCGCCGCCGCCGCCCUCCGCCGCGCCGUCACCGCGUCCGGGGCGCGCUCUCUCUCGAUCUCGGGGGCGUUCUCCCCGGCAUCAUCUCGUCUCUUCUCCGCCGACGCGGCCGCCGCCGAGGCGGGAUCACAGGGCGACGACUCGUUCCUCAAACCGUCCGACGCAGGCUUGAUCUAUGGAAGGUUGUACAGUCCUACUGCCGGAGGCAACCGCCUUGGCAAGAACGUGCUGAAGACUGACAUUAUCCAUCACCUUGACAAAUGUGAAUUGUCACCGGAGGACGUGAAGAUUGAUUACAACAGGGGAUACUAUCCCAUGGCCGCGUUGUUGAAGUUCCCUUCCAAGGAAUCAUUUAACAAAGCAGCAAGGCAAACAGGUCGCAUGUACAGGCUUGAGAGGGCAAGUCGCGAGCUGUGGGAACAAAAGCCAUCUCUUGAUGGAAAAGCUGUACUGUUGCAAGGAGUUCCUCGAAAUGCUCAAGCAGAUGAUAUCGAACGAUUUUUGAGCGGCACUAACUAUGAACCACCUCCAUUUGAAAGCUUUAUCAGGCCUGGCAUCCCAGAGCCCAUAAGAGUGGUGCUUGUUAGGUUCCGCACGAAGGCUGAUGCGACCAAUGCCUUCAUUGCUAAAAACAGGAGCUUCUGCCUGAACAAUCCUGUUAGCAUGAGGGUUAUUCAGUAACCUAUCUAGUCUUGCGAUAUUUGUAUCAACUCCUUCCCAGUCAACCUUGGUAGCAUCCUAAGUCUGUCGACUCAUGUGGUAGAAAUGUCUGAUUUUAUACGGUCCUGCAACCGACAGCCUGAUUUAUGUUUUUUUUUUUCUGCUUGUGCUCAGUUCAAUUGCACCUUUUUCCUUUCAAAUAUUCUCAUAUGUAACUUGAAAGUGAUGUCAGUUGUUUCCCUUCACAGUACAAGCAGAACGAGUUCACCCAAUAAAUGUUUAUACGCACGAUUUUCUU